GAAAAAUACACCGAGCACUGACAACCAUUUUUCAAUGGCGCGUUUGAAUUCAAAGCAGACAAUAUUAACUGUGUGAAUCUGUAAACGCUAAGUCUAUCAAUGGAUCUCUCCACUCUUGACAGGCUCCAAGACCUUUUGAAACUUCCAGGGACCGAAAAUAGCAUUCUAGUUGAGGACACCUGUGUGCUUUCAUGUGGUUGCUUGGCUUCAGAACAGCAGUUUGAAACAUCUCGCAUAUGUCCUGAUUGCCAUAAUCCCGAAGUGCACAUAUUGAAACCUGUAUUGCCUUUGAGACAAUUGUACCAUAUUGUUAGCGACUUGAUGUCUGUUCCCAAGAAAGGGGUCGAUCAUGGUUCGGCUGCCAAAAUGGGAAAUUUCCCACUGAAUACACUUGAGACGUGUUCUAAAACCUCUUCAAACGAUUUAUCCAAGGUAGCGUCCAAAAAUUCUACUCCACCCCCGGAUUUGGACCUUUUGGGGUUGUUCUGCAAGUUUGCCAGAGAAGAACAGACAGAGAAGGCGGGGCCGAAAGAACAAAUACUCAGGCCUUCCCCUACUUUGGACCAGCCUUCGAAAGCAUAUCUGGAGCUAAAACCAAUUUCUCCGGCAUCACCAAAAGGACAAAGCUCUCCGUCUCAAUUUCUGUGCACAGCAAAGACCACAAUCCGAGAUCCAUCAGAGACGCAAGAAGGAAAGCUCUUUUUCGGACUCGAGGUUAACGCAGAACGUAAUUUUUCUGAGUGUUUUCCAUUCCACCGAAAAGUUUCCAGUUUUGCUACACAGCAGGGUAAAUUGCUGUUCAGUUCAAGGACCUUGAUCAAGAAAAUCAACAGAUUUUCCAAUUCUGCUAUAACCACGUACUUUGACCAUGACAUCAAGUGCGAGGUGACUCAUUUUGUUUUGAUUUCUGACAAAAAGUGGGAGCUUUAUCGCUAUACAGAUACAAAGCCCAUGCUCAUCGCUUGCGGCAGACUGACUAGUGAAUAUGGACCAGGUUACAAUGCGCUUAAAUACCCCAAGAAUACUGGAGUUAUCAUACACAAUGAUUUCGCUGACAAAAAGCCAGAAUCAGACAAAAAAGCAAAUAAAAGUGAAUCUCUUCAUCGACUCAAGUCAUGGGAUCAACUUCAUUGUUGCUUGUCAGAAAGGUAUUUAGUCAUUCUGGGGACUAAGGGUAUUAUGAGGGUAUUGAAUGUUGAUCCAACUCGGGGUGAAAUUGGUCAGCCAGUAUACACUUAUAUCAUAGACUUUCCGAUACGAUGUAUCGCUCUUGCGCAUAAUAACGAGCUACUAGCAUGUGGUAUAACCACCAAAGAAAAAAUGAGUGGAAAACAACAACCAUUCAUCAUCCUUCAUCAUAUAAAGAAUUCUAGAGAAACUGACGGUGCUGAAUUUGGCCCGGUGCGAGUGAACCCGAUCACAAUUACCGUUCCAUAUCGUGAUCCGCUCAAGAUUUUAAAUUUUAAUUCCUCUUCCACAAACUUGUUAUGCUGUACAGUUUACGAAAUGCGGUACUUCAUCAUAAGUUUGCGGGGAGAUCAAAGUGUCGAUUACAAGAGGCCUCGGCUUAUUUUUUCUGAUACUAGGUCUGCUCGGAGAGGAAGAAGAAGUACUGGGGGGGACGAAAGCGUAGAUGGGAUAGACCAUCUCCUCGAGACAGAGGAUGAUGACCAAGUUUUGGACAACGAAGGGAUUACUGACAUCAAAUUUGGUCAGCCGUUCACCAACACAAUAGUGAUAACAUCAUCCUCCUUGAAAAACAAACCGUCCGUUGUCUUGAAAAUUAAUGGGCCUGCUUUAGAUUCUCGCAAGUUGCUUCUGAAACUCUCGCUGGAAGAAUCAUACCAAGAUACUGGACUCACACAUGAGUACAUUACAUCGGAUGACGAGGAUUUGUCGCAUGUGACUGAUGUAGAUGUGUUAUUGAAAGUGCAUGAGAUCGGCUCAAACAUAUACCGUGUGGAAGUUUCUCCUCGGGGAGAUAGCAUAUUAUUCGUUGACAAACUGGGGCGCUUGCUUUUGGUUGCUACUAAAACUGGAUACGGGAACAUCGAGAACCAGAAACAGAUGGGAACUACCAUCGUGCUUCUUGGAGAAGUUUCCCCCGCUUUACGCUAUACCGAGUCUGCUUCAGUCUGCUUCUCAUCAGAUGGGGGAAAAGUGAUGACAGUUGACCGAAAAGGGAUCUUUCAAGUAUUUGAUUUCACCAAAGGUAUUCCAGGUGAGGAUCCAGAGGUCAUCAAAUGUAAGAUUAUAAGUUUACGGUAGCAUUAGUUGACAUAUAUUUCACACAGGAGUAUAGUAUUCCAUUUGGACACGUUGCGUUCUAGCUAGAGCAUCAGAUCGCUAAACCCGCAGCUUAAGGAGGUAAUUUAAUGGCCGUCAUCCUAGAAUUGCGUAUUGAGUAUCACUGCAUUAUUCGUUU